AUGUUUUCAGCAUUCAAAUAUUGUGCGAUAGACUAUUUAUAUGAGAAUGUAGUUAGAAAGAAGUUUUGCAGAGAUACUUUAUUUCUUCGAAUCCCUUCAUGUUUAUAUCAAGAUGGAAAUUAUCAUGUACAAGUUAUUGAUAAUACAUAUAGGAGGCCAUGGACAAGAGUCUCAGCUGUUUCAGUUCGGGGAAUGACAGACAGCUCAAUCUUGGAUCAAUGGAAAGCAAGCCUCCAUGUGGAAGACUUCCUCGAGAAAAAAACAAUUACAGGAAUGGUGACUCAGAUUAACUGUGAAUUUGAAGAAAUUGUUCCAAGUUCAAAUCCAAACUCCCAAAAUGAAUUCGAGGAAGCCAGCUUGCAUGCUUAUAUGGACUACAGUGAAGUCUUUACACCUAUUAGAUGUUCAGGAAAAUGGCCAGAAUUUCCAGGAGAGAUCCAAGAUUUGUUAUUUGAUCAUGAAGAAAUACUUUUUGCAGAUAAUUUGACUGCCUAUAAAAGUCAUCUACCAACAUCGCGUACUUUGUUGAGUAAGAUAAAACCAUUUUUGCUAGAAGACCCCCCUUUAGACUUCAAAGAACAGAUCUUCAAAGAAGCUAAUUUUUUCGGGGAAUGUUUCUCUUACCAAGGAGAUUUGAAAGAUCUUAUGAAAGAAGAUUUUUACAUAGCUAAAGAGAACUUUUGUCGGGAGGAGCUAGAAGAUACGGUAGGUUUAAAUGAACCGUUAUUUUUGCUUGACUGGGAAGUAGUACCUCCAACCUUCAAACAAGAAGUUGAUAUUCCAUCAUUUUCAGAAUUGAAGGAGUUAUUAAAUUUGAUGCCAGAAGUAAUAAAUUAUGAAGAUGAGAAUGAAAAGCUUUUCAAAAGAGAUGUUACAACUAACCAUGGAAUUGACAUUGAGCAUAUAAAAUGCAGCUCCACAGACAUUUUGACCAUUCAAAGCCAAUACGAAACAGAGAGCAAUGAACCAGAAGAGUUAGAAAUGCCACUAUCUCCUCUACACCUAACGAACCAACAUUCUUCUGUGAAUUCAUUAUGUACAGAGCUUCAGAUGUUUCCAUUUUCUACUAUUUGUAAAAUUAAUUUGCUUACUUCUGAAAAAUAAGCUGAUGAAUACUACACACUGUGGCAAUGAGAAAGCCACAGAAGCUUUUUGAACUCAAUUGUUGUUUUUUAAGUGCCAAGAACUGAAAAACCCAACAAUCAAUAUUCAGUUACAGAUUUGAAAAAGAUAUUUUCUUUUUUUAAUUGUAUUUUAUUGAUUAUGCUAUUACAGUUCAGUAAACAAAGUACUCCUAAGUAUCAAAUUAUAUCAAUAAUUUGUUACCCUAAUACCCUAAUAAGACACUCAUAUAAGCAUGGAAGUAAUUUGGAUAUUUUUAUUCUGUUUUCAGCAUGGCUAGACCAUAAAAGUUGUUCCUCAUCUGCUGCACUUACUGACGAAGAUUCUACAAAUAAUAAUUUAUCAUUUCCACAAAAAAGUCCAUCUCCAGGAAAAGAAAUAUGUUUUUCUGAUAAAUAUAUCUCUGUUAAAAGUCCAACAAAGGAAGAAAAACCGAAGGAUGAUUCAGAACUAGUUUAUAGACUAAUCCAAAAUAAAGAAAGUAAAGAUUGCUCAGAACUUGAUUGCACAAUACUAUCUACUGGAUCAUCUUCAAAAAUUGAAAAACCUUCUUUUAAACAUGGUAAAAAAAGGGAAAAUGACUUGGACCUGUUGAAUGACUUCAUUAUGAUGCGAAAUAAACAUAAAAUUUUCACCUCAAACACUGAAGUUACAGAUAGUGAUGAAAAAGAUGAAUUUCAAAAUAAAGAAGAAGAUUCUUUGACUAUUCAAGAAGAAAGUCCUAUUGUUUGUACUAAUAAAACUCUAGAGAAAAUAAAUCAGGAAAGGGGAGCAGAUAAUGUCAUUGAGAUUCAAGCAUCAGAGAGCCAGUGCCAAGCAUACUGUGUCCUAGAAGCAGCAGCUACUCCUAUCUUAAACAAACUUGGGUGCCUCUGUACUCUCCCUGUUGCUAAUUGGAAAUUUGCCACUGUUAUUUUUGACCAAACAAGAUUCCUCUUAAAGGAACAAGAAAAAGUAGUAAGUGAUGCUAUUCAUCAAGGUACAAAUGAUGAGAGAGAAAUGACAUUCAAGCACGCAGGUCUCUUACACCUUCUGGUCACGAUUCGAGAUAUCCUUUUAACCUGUAGCUUGGACACAGCAUUGGGAUAUUUGUCAAAUGCAAAACAUGUGUACAAAAGCAUUUUAGCUUCCUAUUUGGAUGACAUUUGGAGACAGCUAGAGAUUGUACAAUUUAUUAAGGGAAGAAAGCCUGAAACCAACUACAAAAUACAAGAAUUACAAAGUCAGAUACUAAAUUGGAUGCAAAGUGAACAGCAAAUUAAGGUGCUGAUUAUAAUAAGAAUGGACUCAGAUGGUGAAAAACAUUUGCUCAUUGAAAUCCUUAACAAAAUGGAAGGUUUAACAUUGACUGUCUUACAUUCAAACAAAAGAAGAGACUAUCUGGAAUCUGCAGGUGUUAUAGAUGGUACAAGUUCCUGUGUAGUAGUACAUAAUCAAUGUAUUGGAGCAGAUUUCCCCUGGAGUAAUUUCUCAUUUGUGGUGGAAUACAAUCAUGGAGAAAACUCUUGUUGGACUAAACACUGUGAAAAAUUGAAUAUUCCAUUCAUGGCCUUUAAAGUGAUUCUUCCAGACACGGUUUUAAAGAGAAGCAAUUUGCUGGAUAGUUUUGGUGGUUUUCUUUUGGAUAUUCAGAUUCCCUAUGUGUUUUUUGCAUCUGAAGGACUUCUUAAUACUCCAGAAAUACUUCAGUUGCUCGAAUCCAACUAUAAUAUCACCCUAGUGGAGAGAUGCUGCAGUGAGUCUUUGAAAUUCUUUGGAGGGACGGAGUGCUAUGUAGUAGUGACAGUUGAUGAACACACUGCCAUAAUUUUGCAGGACCUAGAAGAACUGAAUUGUGAAAAGGCAUCAGACAAUAUGAUUAUGAGGCUGAUGGCAUUGUCAUUCCAGUACAGCUCUUGUUGGGUAAUUUUAUAUGCCAGGAAAACAUUAAGCUCAGAGUACUAUCUUACAGAAAAGACACUUCAUCACCUAGCACUGAUUUAUGCGGCUUUAGUUUCAUUUGGGCUAAAAUCAGAAGAACUGGAUGUAAAGCUUAUAAUUGCCCCUGGAGUAGAAGAGACUGCAUUGAUGAUUCGACGAAUUGCUGACCACAAUUUAAUGACCUCGAAGAGAGAUCCUCAUGAAUGGUUGGAUAAAUCCUGGCUUGAAGUUUCACCAUCUAAGGAAGAAAUGUAUUUACUUGAUUUUCCAUGUAUUAAUCCAUUGGUGGCUCAGCUCAUGUUAAAUAAAGGACCUUCUCUUCACUGGAUAUUAUUAGCAACUCUUUGUCAGCUUCAGGAACUCCUACCUGAAGUUCCAGAAAAAGUGUUAAAGCAUUUCUGUGACAUCACUUCCUUAUUCAAGAUUAGUUCUUCUUCCACAACAUCACCUCGAAUUUCGUCACCUCAGGAAAAUAGGAAUCAGACUAGAACCUUCCCUUUUCAGAGUUUAGCUUCUGACUCUUCAGACUCUGUCAUUCAAGAACAUAAUGAAUAUUGCCAGUACCCAGACUUAGAAGAGACAGUGCAGAGAGACACAAACACCACUUCAAAUUACAACUCUUCCUUUGCGGAACUAAGGGAAAGAGAAAUGCCACGCCUUUUACCAUCUGUGACUUCUUACAGACAGACCAGCUAUUGGAAAGACUCUAGUUCUAACCCUGACAUAGCACAGAAUAAUCCCUUCCUGAUUAACAUGGAAUCCAGGAACUCAGCUGGUAACUCCUUUCUAAACCAGAAUGACUCACAGACAGAUGUCCUUCCUUUGGGUCUAACACAAAUGAAUUAUGAAACCAGAAUAUCACCAAUCAACACUCAGAAGAGAGUUGCCCCUAAUUUUAUAAAUUCUCAGCAAAAGGGAACACAUGAAGCAAAAGGACCUAUAAGUAAAGAAGUAUCUGCCCCUAUGCUUUCAUUAGAGUACUCUCAAUCUCCUCCUCAUUGGAACUAUAAGAAAAAUGUAUGGGAACAAGAGAAGCACUCUUUCAAUUUACAAUACAAUGCAGAGCAGACUAUGUGUGACAAAUGGUACUCUCAGAAAGAAAACCUGUACACCAUUCAGCAAAAAUGUCUAUCAGAUGAGUUAGAGGGCUCCACAGGCAAAAGUUCAAGUGCUGGGACUCAAGAGACUUUCUGGAAAGAAUUACCAUGUGUCCCCACCUUGGAUUUAUUUUGUGCUUCCGAUUCUAAUGUAAAUAAAAAAGAAUUCAACAGUCUUUAUUUCCACCAAAGAGAUGGAACAUGUUUAGGACAGAAAAGGCGUGCUGAAUUUCCAUCUCACUCAGGAGACCAGAAGUCAUUAACAGAGUCCACAUGCUCAGAACAACUACAAUUCAAAAAACGGCGUCUAGUGUAUGAAAAAGUCCCUGGUAGAGUCGAUGGACAAACUCGUCUGAGGUUUUACUGA